CGACGGACGCGUAAACGGUUCGAUUCGCUUUCAACGCUAGCGAGUGCGUUGUGAGCGCGACGCCGCACGUCUGAGGCUUCGAGCGAGGUCCCUGGUCCGCCUACAGACCUCCGGACGAGUCGCGCGAACUCAGCUAUGACCGUCGCGAUCGUGGACGUAACUGCCUUGAAGGCAAUCAAGAAUUCCGUCAUCGGAAACCGCACUGCAAAGGCAGCAUUGGGGCAGGAUGAAGUAUAUGUGGCCAGGCUUAUAGAGUGCAUUCAUGCAUCUCCCCCUGCCGCGAGCCACUCGAGCGGGCCCGAUACCGAAGUUCGUAUAGAAUCUGCGCAUAUUAUUGCGUCUCUGUCAUAUGGCUCUCUCGACGCUUUGAAGACAUUGCUACGACUUGACGCCCUUCAAACCCUCCUCUAUGCCGUUUCCACGUUCCAACCGUCCGACCGACCUGUCCUCAAGGCUGCGCUGACCCGCGCUCUCCGAGCACUUGCUGCUGCGAUCGCUGACGCAGUUGGACCGUCUCAGUGGGGACUCUCCCCCACUGUCUCGGAUGUCCGUGCGGAGGCUAAAGUCGCGCUCGACUAUCUCUUCCAGCCCGAAGUGCUGGACGUUUACCUCCCGUUGUUACUCGAUCCAUCGCCGCAAGUAAACGCAGCUAUCGCCCAGCUCUUGCAUCUGGCCGUGCGAAACUCGGAACACCGUGCGAGAGUACAGGAAUGGUGUCCUCCCGCUGAACGAUCCCGCGAGGCAAAGGGCAAACGCGGUUGGGAGAGGCGCGAUCCUACGACUUCCCCUACUCGGCAGGGAGGCUGGAUCGUACGGACUUUAACCGCUCUACUGCUCCGCAAAGAUGUCAAACUGCAAGAGGCCGUUCUCUCGGCGUUUGCGAACCUUGUUAGGGACAGCGACGGACUGGCAAGGCGCCUUGCGAAGGCGCCUCCCGGUACGGAAUCUGUCUUGUCCGUGGCGUUGACGUUGUCCAAAUCGCGAAAUAUCGAUCUCCAACUUGCUGCGACCUUUUGUGCGACCAGCAUCCUGCGAACUUGUGCUCACGGCAACCAUGACUCUCUCGUGACUGUGCAGGAGCAAACCACCGCUAUUACCAUCAUGCACGUCCUGAACCGGAUAAUCGGUUCUGAGACUGCCAACAAUCAGGUUCGGACACGAGCUUGUUUCAUUGUCCACCAUCUGGUAUCCGACAACCGUGUGUUCUGUCAGCUGGCCUACGAGCGUAAUUCUCUCAAUCAGAUUGCCUCGCUCGUCAACAGCAUCACGCCUGCGGAAAAGUCGUCCGAUUACGAGGAAGACGAGCCGGAAAGCGUGUCCCGGUUACGGGAGGCUGCAUUGACUGCCGUCGCGGCGAUUUCUAUGUUUGACAACGAUAUACGCACAGCGGUGACGGACGACUUGCAUCUCGUCCCGGCGUUUCAGGCAAGCCUCACCAACCGGUAUGUGGGGGUUCGUUACGCCGCGUGCCAAUGCGCGCGUGCCCUCAGCCGCGCUGUCUCCGCUUUACGAACGAACAUCGUCGACACGGGCCUCGGUUUGUCGGUUUUCCAGCUGUUCAUGAAGCAGGACGAGGAUCGCCAGGUUAUGCACGCAGCAUCGGCCGUCAUCUGCAAUGUGCUCGCCAACUUUUCGCCUCUAAGAACAAAUCUACUCGAGCAGGGAGCAAUUGCACGGCUGGUCCAGCUUCUCCACGCCGACGACAAGGAACUCAAACUCAACGCAUUGUGGGCGUUCAAGAAUUUGCUCUACAAGGCCACCCCAGAACUGAAGCGUGAGGUCAUGAGCGCCAUCGGGUGGACUGAGAUUAAUAUGUUACUACUCGACCCCGACACGCGGCUUCAAGAACAGGUGUUUCACGUUCUGCGACAUAUCGCGGAUGGCGUAGAAGACGUCGAUUUCCUGUUCGCCGAGAUGGGUGGUAGCGAGGAGCUGCUUGGCAAUUUGUCGGAAGCGAUGGAGUCCGAAAAUGAAGAUGUCGUGCUACAAGCCGUCUUCGUCCUGGCGAACGUCGCAAAUAGCCCCGCGCACCAAAAGAACAUCUUAUCGCAUCCACGCAUCCUCGGGCGGCUGCGCGAUUGCCUCGUCGACGCGAAAGUUGAGAUACGUCGACCCGCGGUGUCCUGCGUGCUCGAGCUUGCCCGCCAGAACCCUCGAAGUUACCGAGAGCUGCACGAUGCUGGCAUCGACGCCACGCUCCGACACAUGCUAGAACAUACGGCGCACGUCAGCGCGAGCCCAACUUUGCGCUUCGCAGCAGGUCGUCAGAUGGGGGCGGAGGACGAUAUGGAGGUUCAGGACAAGGCGCGGCAAGCGCUGCAUUGGCUUGAGCAAGCACAGCUGAAUCGCGAGGCGGCGACGGACAUGGACUUGUGAUUUUAUGGGGAUGUCUCUAUGCUCUCUCGGAAUUUGUAUCGCUAUUUACUGUUGUGUCAUCGCUAUGGAUCGUGCCAUGUUAUUCGAGGUCGCGAAGUCGAUUGGAUGGGGGAAUCGUGCGGUUAUACAUUACGGGCCGCGAGUCGCGCGUCGCGCCGCGCGCCGGAGACGCGAUGGAAGUGGUGUGACUUUGGGGCGUGACCG